CUUCCCUGGCUACCGGGGUGCUAAGGCUGCUGCCACCACGGCCACUGCCGCCACCGCCACCGCCACCACCACAGCUGCUGCUGCUCUUCCCUGUGCCGCUGUCACUUCCAGUUCCUACUUCUGCGAUCCAGGUCCGGGUCAUAGCUUCCCCUCUGCUGGCCGUGUCUCUCCAGGCUGCUCUCCCUCCCGGGUUCUGGCUCCUGGCAGCAGAGCUGGGUCUGGAGGAACCCUGCCGCCAGGCUCCCACAGGCCACCCGCUCCCCUCCUGUGGCUGCCCCGCCGGGGCACGCCUCCCGCAGCCCUUGAUAGGAGCUCUAGAGAGAGAACUUGAGGGCAAGUAUCUGACUUCCCUCUUUACUAAAAUAAAGAAAUAAAUACCUACAAAAACAAAUAAAUAAAUACAUAAAAUCCUCUGCCUGUGGAGCUUGGCUGCAAAGGAAGGAGUUUGGAGACAAGCUUCUCCUCCUCACGCGUCCAAGAGCAAAGUUGCAGCCGCCCCUCCCCACCGGUCAUACCAGCUUGCUCUCCAGUUUCACCCUGGUGGCAGCCGCACGGGGCAGGGUCCCAGCUCCAUCUGGGGACAGCGCUUCCUGCAGCCUUGGCACGGGCUGGAGGAGCUCGGCCGGCCCCGUGACUCUGAAGGGCGAGCCACUUCCAAGGAGGAAGAGGAGGCUGGAAGGAAUGAGCAGAAGGACGACAAUCAAACCAAGCCAGGUAUUUGAGCCUGAUGACCUUUAUUCAGGGGCCAAUUUCUCCAAGGUUCUGAAUACUCUUUUAGCUGUCAACAAGGCAACAGAAGAUCAGCUAUCAGAAAGACCAUGUGGACCGUCCUCUUCUCUUAGCGCUACCACCAGCUCUCAGACGAACCCACAGGCAGCAGUUCUCAGCGCAACUCCAGAGCAGCCAAGCCAAGCAAAAGCAGUGGAGAUGACGGAAAAUGGAAGUCACCAGUUGAUAGUAAAGGCAAGAUUCAACUUCAAGCAGACUAAUGAAGAUGAACUGUCAGUCUGUAAAGGGGACAUCAUUUAUGUCACCCGAGUUGAAGAAGGAGGCUGGUGGGAAGGCACAUUAAAUGGGAGAACAGGAUGGUUCCCUAGUAAUUAUGUCCGAGAAAUUAAACCUAGUGAGAGACCUCUGUCUCCUAAGGCUGUCAAAGGAUUUGAUGCUGCUCCACUUACCAAGAAUUACUACUCUGUGGUGUUACAGAACAUCUUGGACACGGAAAAAGACUAUGCCAAAGAACUCCAGUCUCUUCUUGUUACUUAUCUAAGACCCUUGCAGUCUAAUAAUAACCUGAGUUCUGUGGAGUUUACAUGUUUAUUGGGAAACUUUGAAGAAGUAUGCACAUUUCAACAGACACUCUGCCAAGCCCUGGAAGAAUGUUCAAAGUUUCCAGAAAACCAGCACAAAGUAGGAGGCUGCCUACUGAACCUCAUGCCUCAUUUUAAAUCGAUGUACCUGGCUUACUGUGCAAAUCAUCCUUCAGCUGUCAGUGUGCUCACCCAGCACAGUGAUGAUGUAGAACGCUUCAUGGAAAAUCAAGGUGCGUCCAGCCCAGGUAUCCUUAUUUUAACAACAAGCCUCAGCAAACCAUUUAUGCGCCUGGAAAAGUAUGUUACUCUCUUGCAAGAACUGGAAAGACAUAUGGAGGACACUCAUCCAGAUCAUCAGAAUAUUCUGAAAGCAAUCAUAGCAUUCAAGACACUCAUGGGGCAGUGCCAAGAUCUGAGAAAGAGAAAACAACUGGAAUUGCAGAUCCUUUCAGAACCUAUUCAGGCAUGGGAGGGAGAUGAUAUUAAGACCUUGGGAGCUGUGAUCUUUAUGUCACAAGUAAUGGUGCAGUAUGGAACCUCUGACGAAAAAGAGGAACGGUAUUUGAUGCUGUUUUCAGAUGUCUUGAUAUUGUUGUCUGCAAGUCCUCGGAUGAGUGGCUUUAUCUAUCAGGGAAAAAUAUCAACAGCAGGAAUGGUGGUGACUAGAUUAGAUGAAAUUGAAGGGAAUGACUACACAUUUGAAAUCACAGGUAGCAUGAUAGAGAGAACUGUGGUCUAUUGCAACAAUAACGAGGACUUCCAGGAAUGGUUGGAGCAGCUCAACAGACUGACCAGAGGACCAGCAUCUUCUAGUUCAUUGUCUAAGACCUCCUCCUCAUCAUGUAGUGCUCAUUCUUCUUUUAGCUCUGCCGGACAGUCCCGAGGACUCUUGGAGCCUCCUCAAAUUUUAAAACCAUGGAGUUUAAGUUGCCUACGACCUGCACCUCCCCUUAGACCAUCAGCAGCACUAGGUUAUAAAGAGAGGAUGUCUUAUAUCUUAAAGGAAUCUGGUAAGAGCCCCAAAACGAUGAAGAAGUUUCUUCACAAAAGAAAGACAGAUAGAAAAACAUCCGAUGAAGAAUAUGUGAUUAGAAAAAGUACUGCUGCCCUGGAAGAGGAUGCUCAGAUUCUCAGGGUGAUUGAAGCCUACUGUACCAGUGCCAGUUUUCAACAAGGUACUCAUAAAGAUUCUGUCCCACAAGUACUACUCCCUGACGAAGAGAAAGUCAUUGCUGAAGACACCAGAAGUGGCGAGCAGACCAUCACUGAAGAGAAGAGCCUUGUUGAUACUGUGUAUGCCUUGAAGGAUGAGGUCAAAGAACUGAAGCAGGAGAAUAAGAAAAUGAAGCAAUGUCUGGAAGAAGAAUUGAAGUCGAGGAAGGACCUAGAAAAGCUUGUCUGGAAGCUGUUGAAGCAAACAGAUGAGUACAUUCGAGCUGAGCCCAGCAGCAAGACAACGAUUCUCCCAUAACAAUUACUGUACAGCUGAGCACUGUGAAAUGGCCGGAUGGUCAGCUGAAUGAUUUAACUGUGCACUUCAGAUUUUGCUUUGUGUUGGGAUUCUUUCUCCCUGUCAUUUCCUCCCUCUCUCCCACCUCCUCUGUUUGCUCCAGUGUUUGUUGCUUGGUUAUUAGUUAGUUGAUAUUUGCUUUAAUAAGAGAAAUAGCCUGAGGCGGUGGUAAAAAUGGCCCCAAUACUUUGCUUUGCCCAACAGCCUUUUACCACCUACUUCGCUGAAGGCAAAACUUCUCGGGCUAUGUCUAGAUUAGGUAACGAUCAACACCUUUGCCCAAUGAUCCAGCUACCUUUCCCUUGAAUGUCACACAGCCCCCUUCAAUACUUUAAAAACCUAUUGCCCCGUGUUGUCUGUUAAGACCAAGAACAGUGUAGUGCCAGUGUUCCUUUGUGCUGGUGUGCAUUUAAAGUCAGAGUGGUAGGAACUCCAACCGUCCACACCAGCACCAAAUCUGUCAGCAAACUGCUUCAGGCAAUCCCCCUCAGCAGCAGGGCAGAGCAGCUUGACUAAGCAGCUAGUACUAGUGCACUGUAGCUUUACCGCCCAGCCUUCUGCCUCUGUGUAAGUUUUCUACCUCUCCUCACCCCAUGCUUUUUAGCUUACCAUGCCAAGAGGUGUGUAAAUUAGUUUGGACAGUGACUUUACCGUGAAUAUUCAAACUACAACCUUUUCACCUUUCUGAACAAAGUGGAUGAGAAUAUAUUGUGCCCCAGUAACACACCUUCCCCCCAUCAUCUUAUUAAGCUCUGGUUUCUGCAGUGAGAAGUUAAAAUCAUCACUGACCUCCUUGGAGCAGGCCUCAAACAUGGUGAACCAGUUUGUGUAUCUCAAGUUAAAGGGCCUCUCCACUAGCUAUGCUGGUUGCUAGUGAAAUUGAUUGUCUGAAACCAGUUUGCUCAAGUUGUUUAGAAUGUCAAACCAUUGACUUUGUCAGUAGUCCAGACACCUGAACUGUGAGAAAGCAGGUUCAGAAGAGAGCCCCAGAAGAACAUGCUAUGCCUAAAUUCAACACAAGUCAAAAUGGGCCAAGGCUACAGGAUGGAGCAGCACAGCUCUUGCCUACCUCUUCAGAUGGCAGGGCAACUUGACCAGAUGGAAAAUUACUGUGAAAAGAGGCAGAAAGCCAACAAAAGUCUUCUACAUAUAUUUGAUGGGUGACUGCAAGUGCUUUUUCAAAAAACUUGAGGCCUAAAAGCUUGUUGAGGAGCCCUUUCUCUUCCUGGUAUGAAGGCUCUCAAGUUCCAUAAUUUCAUGGUACAUGGAAAACAUUAUAGCACCCCCAGAAAAUGGAGGAAUGGAGAAGUCAAACCUCAGACAAUCACGCACAGCCAUCUUUGUCAGCUUGAAGAGUGAAGGGUAAGAACAGCUGUCCUGUUCCUAAGCCCAGAGAUUUCUGUGAGACAUCUUUUAUGUAAAAUUUAAGAAAGAAACAGCAGUAGCAACCCAGAUGUUCACAUGUGUCCUGUCUGUGCUUAGUCAAUAGUUGGCAAUAAAUGUGCGAAUUUUGUCUCUAGGAAAUAUUUUGUGAUUAUCAAAUAAUUUUAGCUGAUUGCUUAAGACAUUGAAAGGUCUCUAAAAGGAUGUGUACAUAUGCAUGUUUGGGACUUUGCCCUUCUUAGGAGAGACCCUUGGUACUCUGGAUAAUGAAACUUGUGCAGCGGGCUGCCUGUGCUUACACACUAAAUAAUAUAAAGGAAAUGAAGCCAUGUUAACCCAACAACCGUGUCUCCAUAGUUGUGUUGUUUACAAUACUCUAGAACUGGGUUCCUGUUAUUCUGUAAUUAAACUGCUGCCCUUAGAGGCCUUUCAGUUUCUUCUCUGCCAUGUCCCUUCUUGUAGGAGCUCAAAUUUUCUAAACUUGUUGUUAUUAUAAAGACUUUUAUAAUGGACAUUUUCAAUAAACGGGAAUAAACAGUGCUUUAUAAAGAA